GAUUGGAUGCGUGCUAUCAGUAGAUGUAGUAUUGAAUUUAUUACUUUAACUCUUGAAGAUUUAGAGGAUCACUACAAAGCACUGACUACAGUAAAACAAACAAAUACAGAUCAGAAAUCAUCACCAUCUACAUUAAUUGGAAAUAAUAAUAAUAAUUCAGCUGUUAAGUCCUCAAUAUUUUCUAGACGUUCGAAUCCGUUUAAUAAAAGUAAUAGUGUUACUGGCACUAGUUACGAUAUCGAUCCUACUGGGUUCAAUAGUCAAUCACGCAAAUUGUGUCCAUCCAGUAGUUCCAAUGGUUUAUUAAAUCAAACCACAUUGUCCUCUAUAAAUCAUACUCAAUGGUUAUUAACACAGAAUUGGGAACAAUUAAAUUCUCGUUUAAAAGCUCAAUUCAUGAUAUUUGACAACAAAACUGACACAUGA